AUGUCUAUUCAAGUCGGUCUGGUACAAAAUGUUUAUUUAAAUGUACCGAAUUUUUCAUCUACUCUUAUUUAUGGUUCAUGUGAUCAAAACAAUAGAACAUGUCAACUAUUCAAUAACAGUCUAAACUUUUUCCGUAAUCAGUUAAAUGACGAAUUAAAUACUUCAUUCUAUUUGUUACAAUAUCCACCGAGAAAUCUUACUGAUUUAUUAUGGACAUUUGAUCGAAGUAUCAAUGAUGAAUCAAAUUUUGUUUAUAUGACACAAAAAGGUGUUGUUUCAUGUAUUUCACCUGGAAUUUAUGGUCCAGGUGCCGCUUUGGUUUUCAACGUAUCAUAUUGUUUUGUAUAUAAUGUUACAGGAGAACUUCAACAGUCAAUUUUUAUCAAUGGUCAACUUGAUAGCAGUGUUAUCCCUUCGGGUGGUUUGAAUCCAAUGACGAAUAUUUCAUUAACUAUCGGUAAUAUACAAAAAAAUCUUGAUAAUUCUCAAGCAUAUCAUGGAUAUAUUGAUCAAUUAUCAUACAGUAGUCGACCAAAAUCUUCCAGUGAAAUACUUGGUGAUGCUACUCUUGUCUUCUAUUUUGCUUUUAAUAAUAAUUCAUUUCUUGACUCUGGUCCAAAUAGAAUCAUUGGAACACCAUAUAAUGUUAUCUUAAUUAAUGAUGCUCUUCAAUUUUUAUCAUAG